UGUGCGGAGGCUCUGCCGGGCCAUGGGGCCGCGGGGCUUCCCGCCUUUUCUGCUGGUGCUCCUGGGUUGCUGGGCCUCUGUGAGCGCCCAGGGCGAGGUCACCCCGGCGGUGACAACAGAAGACCUCAACUCCACCGAGGCAGCCCCAGCCACUCCCAGACCCUCCCUGUCGCCUAGGACCCUGGAGACCCCCAGGGCUCCGGAGCACUCAUCUGGCCCUAGGCCCACCCCGGUCACGGACGUUGCUGCUUUGUGUGUCUGUGACUUGUCCCCAGCACAGUGUGAUGUCAACUGCUGUUGUGAUCUGGACUGCAGCUCCACGGACUUCAGUGUCUUUUCUGCCUGCUCAGUUCCAGUUGUCACGGGUGAUAGCCAGUUUUGUAGUCAAAAAGCAGCCAUUUAUUCACUGAAUUUUACAGCAAACCCACCGCAAAGGGUAUUUAAACUUGUUGACCAGGUCAACCCAUCCAUUUUCUGCAUUCAUGUUUUGAACUAUAAACCUGCAUUAUCAUUUGUUAAUCCAGAAGUGCCUGAUGAAAACACUUUUGAUAGAUUCAUGAAAACAUCUGGUGGUUUUACACUGAAUGCAGAAUCAGAUGCUUCUUCCACAACCAACUCGGGUGCUUCUGGUGCUGCUAAAUAUAAGUAUGGGGUCCCUGUGCAGACUUCAAGUGCAUCUUCAAACUCAUUUCUGAGACUUCCUUCGCCCCUCGCAUCAUCGCUGUGCUCUGAUAAUAACCCUGCAGCAUUUCUGGUGAACCAGGCUGUCAAGUGCACCAGAAGGAUGCAUUUAGAACAGUGUGAAGAAAUUGAAGCCCUUAGCAUGGCUUAUUAUAGCAGCCCUACAAUUUUGAGGGUACCUAAUUCAGCAACACAGGUCCCCAUCACCGUUCAGUCCAUCACCAUUCAGUCCUUAAAUAAAACGCUGACCCGGCUGGAGUCCACUGGUGUGCUGCAGCCAGCUCUCAUUGGUGCCGGGGAGGACAAAACCUGCACUAAUGUCGUUCUCCAGGUAAAGUACAGCCUCACAUACACAGACAGAGGUAAAAUAUUGGAAGCAGGUGUCUCGUUUCUACUAGGGACAGUCCGCAGCACAGUGGCUGCCCUGCAGCAAAAGUUUGAAAUUCGCUUUAUCCAGCAAAACACAAAACCAGUUCCUCUCAGUGGAAACCCUGGUUAUGUCGUGGGCCUCCCGUUAGUGGCAGGGUUCCAGCCUCAGAAGGGGUCGGGGAUCACUCACACCCUGAAUAGAUAUGGGCAACUUACUGUUCUUCGUAGCACGACUGAGCAAGACUGUUUAGCAAGCGUGGGGCUCCGGACCCCGGUGUUGUUUGGUUACAAUGUCCUGUCUGCUUGUCAGCUGAGACUGACCAGUGCUAUCUCAUGUCAGCUGGCUGCGCAGAAGGUGAGGGACCUGCUGAAGGGCCAGGGCUUCCCAGACUACGUGGCCCCAUUUGGAAAUUCCCGACCGCAGGACCUGCUGGACUGGGUCCCUGUCCACAUUGUCAGUCAGUCAUCCAACAUGAAGGGUUCUUGCCAGCUCCCUGUAGCUUUGGUUAUCGAGGUGAAGUGGACGAAGUACGGGUCCCUGCUGAACCCCCAGGCCAAAAUAGUAAAUGUCACUGCAAAUUUCAUAUCCUCGCUUCCUGAGACCCGCUCAGGCAAGGACAGGACGAUUGUCAUCUCCACCGCAGUCACAUUUGUGGACGUGUCUGCACCUGCGGAGGCUGGUUUCAGAGCACCACCCACCAUCAAUGCCAAGCUGCCCCUCAACUUUUUCUUCCCGUUUGUGUAAUAAUGCUCCUGUGAAAGGCUGCGCUGGUCCACCACCCACGUGAAAUUUCAAAACUAUAUUUGCUGAGGUUAAAUUUUAUAUACAACUAGUACUUGUCCAGCUUCAUUGGUCAUUUU